AUGAAGCACCAAGUGUCCCUGGUCCUGCUGGGUUGCCUGCUGGCUGCUUGCCUCGUCCAGGCCGGCCCCGGUCAGGAGAAGCCCAAGUCGGCGGCCCAGCUGCUAAAGGCCCGACGCAGUUCCUACUUCAAUGAGCCGGCCCUGGCCAAGUUCAGAUCGAACGACGCCGAUCUCGCCGUGGCCCUGGACCAGAAGGCCGACCAGGAUAAGCUGACCGUUGGUGGUGCGGCGGCUCAGGGCAGCAGCAGCUCGACAGGCACCAAAGACGCUUCGAGUGGACGCCUCUUCCUGAAGAAGUUCCUCAUGUUCAAGAACAUGUUUAGCAGCAGCAGCCAGCCCGUGAUCCCCAUCAUUAUCACUGGAGCUGGCACUGGCACCACGGGCACCACCGGCACCGCCAGUCCCACUGUGACCGUCACUUCCACGGGUACCAUUCCUUCGGCCACGGGAACCAUCACCACCUCACCCACGACAACAGGCACAACCACAGCUCGCCAAGGCGAUGCCCUACCCUAUGGAGCCAAUGCGGAAGACGACGAUCCAGCGGAUGCCGAUGAGCCUCAGGCCCAGGCCUAUCCCGGCGCCCUGGCAGCCAAUGCCGAGAUGCUCGACGAGCAAGCCUUGGAGGCAGCCCUUGCCGCCGGAGCCCAGGAAUACGAGGUUGUGACCGAUGCGGAGGUCCAGGGCACCGGCGCCACCGAGAGCAAGGCCACCCAGAACAACCUUAUAAAUCUGCGCCGCAAGGGAGCUCGUCGCGGCCAGCAGAUAAGCGUCCGCAUUCCUCCUCGCUACCGUCGCUACUUCAAGAACGGCCAGAAGGUGAUGCUCAACACCAACCGCCGCCCCAACAAGCGCCGUGUGGUAAGGAAGCGCGUCCAGAACAAGAAGCUGCAGAACCGUCGCCGUGUGAACGGAGGCGGCAACAAGAAGAACAACAGGAAGAACAGGAACAGGAACAAGGGCAACAAGCGUCGCGUCACAGCCGUCUAG